AUGGAGGCCCAGAAAACUCGUCAGCGUCGGCUUGGGGAAGCCACAUCCACAGGCAGAGAGAAGGACCGGGAACGAGAACGGGACAGGGAGAGGGCUAAGAGUGCUGCGACUGUUACACUCCCCACUGAGACCCUCCCCGCACUCAUGGACACAGGCCUGAUGGAGGCAACGAGUAAGUUAAAUGAUAGCGAGAGGGAGAAAAGGGAGGAACAGAAACACUAUAUAUAUUUUUUUAUUUUUUUAUUUAUAUAUAAAAGCUAUAUUAAAUCUGUGUAGUUCCAUUUUUCUCUCCUUUUUCUGUUGAUGUUUGCUGCUUUUCCCCUUUGCUCACUUAUCUUCCCUCAUCCCUCUCUCCCCCUUUACACUUCUUCAUCCUACCUUUCAUCCAUCUACUCUCUUUCCAUCACUUUCCACCCCUAAUCCCUCUUUCUUCCUUUCAUCCAUCUCCUCUCCUCCCAUUUCUCUCCUGUCCUUCCAUCCUCCUCCUCCUCCAUCCCUCUCCCUUCAUCUCAUCCCUUUCCCUCCAUCACUCUGUCAUCUCUUUCGGUACUCUGUAAUUAUUAUUUCUCGAUGCUUCCCUCCCUCCCUCCCUCCCUCCCUCCCUCCCUCCCUCCCUCUACUGUGUUAUUUAAUACCUGCUGUUUAAAGUCUAACAACAGGAGGGCCUGUCCCACACAUACACUGUGAUCAGGAACAUGGGUAUGAGAGGAUUGGACGGUGGUGCCCCCAAACAUCCAAUCGUAACCCCCUGUGGUCCCUAGGCCCCUCCCAGCUAGGCCUUAUAUCCAAUCUCUCCCCUGUGGUGGUGGUGGUGGAUGGUGGCUCUGAGCCUGGGGGAUUGUUUGCUUACCCCCACGUUUCUCAAUUUACUCUCUGUUUGCCCUGCUUGUAGAGAAAGGCCUGGUCCCUGUAGAGGAGUUCCUAAAGAGCUCUGUGAAGUCAAGGAGUGAUCUGACUGCAGCACACUUACAUAAGCUGCAUCCCAGAUGGCACCCUAUUCUCUAUGUAGUGCACUAUUUUUGACUGGUCAAAAGUAGCACACUACAUAGGGAAUAGGGUGCUAUUUGGGACGCACCCGUAAUGUUUUGUGACAUGAGAGAAAUCCCCCACAAUGGACCUGACUAGACUAUGGCUGAAUCUCCUGAGUAUGGUACCAAUACAUGUAAAUGUAGCAGUAGUCUUUUGAUGAAGUCAGUAGAGAGCAUCCAUUAGAUAACAUGAUUGAUCCCAUUUAUCUUCAGAUAACAUGAUUGAUCCCAUUUAUCUUCAGAAGCCCUGUUUAUCCAUCUGCAGCGAUAGGACUCGAGGAUCUUUCUGCUAGACCAGUUUCCUCCUCUACCCUGUACAUCCCUCCCUCCAUCUAUCCCUCCCUCCUUCCAUCUAUCCCUCCACCACUCUGGCCUGAAAAAGAUUACAAAAAGACCUGAAUUUCAAACUAGUUUCUUUCUGAUGCUAGAGGGAAUAUUAGUGAGGAGAGAUAGGAAGGUAUCAGGGUGAAGUGAGGUGUUGGGUGGGAGAGAGUCUACACUUUACUUUCCCCCAGCACUCACUGACUCUCUCUCUCUCUCCCUGAGAGGAGAAACUGGACAAAGGACUGGGAGCAAGAUAACGUUCUCUCUCAUCAAAUCUAAUUUUAAUAUUCUGUCGUCGUAGAGCGAGGUCUGAAAGCGGGGAUGUAGCGGUGGGGACGAAAAGAAAUGAUGAGUAGAAAAUGAGGGAUAAGAUGAAAUGAAUGAAAGUAAGAGAGAGAGAUGGGGUAGAGGAGAGGGGGAACAAGAGAGGUGGUGGAAAGAGAAAGUAGAUAAGCUGUGCCUGUUUUUUUAUGUUGUAAAUUUUCCAGUUCUGAGGCAAUUUUGCAAGAAGGUACGCUCUUUAAUAAGCCAAAUUGUGUGAUUGGCCCAAUGUGAAAUUGAAAUGCAGCAGAGCGAGCCAGUGGCGGCAAGCGCUACAAUGCCAAACUGUAAUGGGAGAACACUUCAAAUUAACACUGAAAUUAUCUCUGUCUGUCAUCAAACUCAGCAUGGGAGGUUCCAAUCGGACCAUAAUGCCCAUGUUGUCUCCCAAUCAUAGGGCUAGAUUCCAUCAUAUCCGCACUAGCCGACUAUUACAGGCAUUGCCAUUGGAUGCACUGAGUCGCAUUAGUAGAAAUCAUGCAGCUGUGUUACAAGUUAGAACACUGGCAUGUGUGAUGUAAUCUACACCUUGAUUACUCUGAUAUAAAUUAUUAUUAUUAUUAUUUUGUUAAAGGAUUUUCAAUUUGAGAAGAGAGAGAGAGAGCGUGAGAGAGAGAGCGAGAGAGAGAGAGAUCGGCAUACUGGUGGCUAGAGACACUGGGCCGGCCGGCAUCGUCAAUGACAACCAUCAGUCACCUCAGCGUUUGAUUGACUAUUUUGUUGAAGCCAUCUCCAAGGGGAACAGGACUCAGACGCCUCUGUAAUGAUGAAAUAUAGUGUGGAUUUCCCUUGAGGAAGUUGUCCAUUUUCUUUAAGAGUGUCACGGACCAGUGAUUCUAGACAAGCUGGUGUGUGUGUUUGUUUGUGUGUGUGUUUGUGUGUGAGUGUGUGAGUGUGAAUGUGAGUGAGGGUGUGAGUGUGAGUGUGAGUGUGUGUGAGUGUGAGUGUGUGUGUGUGUGUGUGUGGCUUACACACUGCUGGUUUAAUGAACAUGGUUGUGAGGUCUCACCGUGCUCCGCCAGCAUGUGAGCUUGUUUAACAGUCUUCUAAUCAGAAUAUUAAUAUAGCUACUAGCUCUAUGACAACAGUCAGCUCUGUCAUGUAGUCAAUACUCUCUGACUCUACAAUUUACAGAUACUGCAUGUUUUACAGUCUGAGCCAUACACGCUGAUUUAAUUGGACUGUUCUGCCUUUCCAUGGUAAAAUAAGUGAAUGACUCGCAACAAGACAUCGAUCUAAACAUCGAUUCUUUGCAGGGGAGGGAUUUGUAGCCCUCCAGUCCUCAGACAGUGUGGGGCUCUUCACUGCCAAUACACUGGCCUUAGAGCUGACAGCCAACGUUGGGGUGACAGUCACUUCAGUCAGUCAGUCAGUCAGGGAACGUUUGGAAUGAGUGAAAAGGACACUGACUGACAAUAGGUGUUGCCCAAAGGGAAUCCUUGUGCUUACCCAAAGAUGUAUCUGUGUCGUGCUACUCUGUAACAUCACUGCCAUGGUCGUUUUUCUUUUUAAGACACUUGAGGUCUAGGAGGUAAGGCUACUAUUUCAUUUUGAGUUGUUGGACGUUUCAAAGUCAAGCUGUAUCAUGUUUUGCAUCUGUAUAAUGUGCACCAAUGUGGGAAGAACUUACCAGAAGUUCCUACAGAGUAAGUCCUUAUACAGUGCCUUCAGAAAGUAUUUAUAGAGCCCCACGGUGGAGGUGUCAUAAUACCCAUAAAACCUAGUGGUCAAACAGGGAAAUGGUUCCAAUCGUUUUUCCACCAUUCAUUUUCCCAUAGGGAAUUUUAGAAACACUUCAAAUAAGGGCUGUGUUUCGUGUAGGCUUACCCUGGCGUGACGUUUUGAUAAGCAUGUAAAUCUCUCUCGGACAAGGUGACAUAACGCUUUGUAUUCAGGACAUAAAGUGAAUUUCUUUGCCACAUGUUUUGCAGUUUUACUUUAGUGACUUAUUGCAAACAGGAUGCAUGUUUUGGAAUAUUUGUAUUCUGUACAGGCUUCCUUCUUUUCACUUUGUCAUUACGUUAGUAUUGUGGAGUCACUACAAUGUUGUUGAUCCAUCCUCAGUUUUCUCCUAUCACAGCCAUUAAACUCUGUAACUGUUUUAAUGUCACCACUGGAUUCAUGGUGAAAUCUCUGAGCGGUUUCCUUCCUCUCCGGCAACUGCGUUAGGAAGGACGCCUGUAUAUUUGUAGUGACUGGGUGUAUUGAUACACCAUCCAAAGUGUAAUUAAUAAUGUCACCAUGCUCAAAGGGAUAUUCAAUGUCUGCUUUUUUUUUUUACCCAUCUACCAAUAGGUGCCCUUCUUUGCGAGGCAUUGGAAAACCUCCCUGGUCUUUGUGGUUGAAUCUGUAUUUGAAAUUCACUGCUCAACUGAGGGACCUUACAGAUAAUUGUAUGUGUGGGGUACAGAGAUAAGGUAGUCAUUCAAAAAUCAUGUUAAACACUAUUAUUGUCUAAUAAAAAGCAUGAGCUGGCGCACACCCAGAGAAAAUUAUUUUGUGUGGAGGUGCUGAAUAACGGUGAAUAAACUGUAAGAUAUAAAAAUUAAAUGAGAGUCGCACACUAUAUAUAAACUCCCAGUACUUUAUUGGGUAAAUCACCACCGUUUCACAGUACCUUCUUCAGGGUAAUGUCAUGAAUGGUACAGAGAUGAGGUAGUUAUUCGAAAAUCAUGUUAAACACUAUUAUUGCACACAGAGUGAGUCCAUGCAACUUAUUAUGUGACUUGUUAAGCACAUUUUUACUCCUGAAUUUAUUUGGCUUGCCAUAACAAAGGGGUUGAAUAUUUAAUUGACUCAACACAUUUCAACUUUUGUAAACAUUUUGAAAAACAUAAUUCAACUUUAGAAAUUAUAGGGUAUUGUGUGUAGGCCAGUGACAACAAAUCUCAAUUUAAUCUAUUUUAAAUUCAGGCUGUAACACAUCAAAAUGUGGAAAAACUCAAGGGGUGUGAAUACUUUCUAAAGGCACUGUAAGUGAACAGCGAUAUGAUACCUUAAACAUUCCUGCUCAGAAUAAAACCCUUCAUGAGUUUAAGGCGUCUGGCGUCUGUGGAGGUACUAAUUCCCACAAGCCUCUGUCCUCCUCUCUGGGCCUCCUGCUAAAUCCAUUGAUCACUAUCACUCCCCUCCAGAGUCUUCUCAGCCUGCCCGAUCUUUGUCUUUCACAUAAGCCCAGGAUCAUACCUAUCCCCUGCUGGAGGGGGGACCUGAAUCUCCCAGGGGUCAGUCUCGCAUUACAUUACAGAGAGGAAGGACUGUCUAAUCUCAGCCUUAUAGGAUUCCUUCUCCUCCGGAAUGAGAAAGGAAGAGCCCUUAUCUCCAUGAUGAAUUUACUCUGGGACUUAGAAGAGAAAAUCAAUGGGGCCAGUAGGAUUGUGGAGGGUGUUUGAGAGGGUGGCGUGGAGCAUCAUAACAGACUAAAGGCAUCAGCAUGCUUCAGUUCGGUUGACGCCUAUCCGAUCUCGGUUCUGCUCGGAUACUCCCUUAAAAGACCUUUGCUUGAAAAAUGAGAAAAAAGUGGCAAUAGUACUGUUUUUCCAAUUUGAGACGCCGUAGCCAGUAUACACUUCCUCAAAAUAGUCAGGAUUAACUCAAGAAAUCUGUCAUUAAUUUUGACGUUUUUGCCAAAGAGAUCUUAGUCGCGCAAUUUUACAUCUAACUAAGAUGUUUGAUGCAGUAUUUUUUAUUGAAGAAAUUUGCAUGAAAACGAGUCGUCUCUCAUUGAAUGACAACAAGGACUUUAUUGAAGAAUCCCUACUGUUGACCAAUCACAGACGAAGGGGCAUAGAUUCCGGCUCUGAACUUCGGCUUGCCUCCAGAACAUUUUUUUGUGUGCCCGAACAGCCCUCACCGAAGUCCAAAAACGAACAAAACGUCAUCAUAAUAUAUGCAUGAACUCUACUGAACUGUUUCGGCUGGAAAGCAUACGGACGUCUUUAAUGAAAUUGAGAUAGCCCUUGGGUAAAGCUGAAAGUGUGUGAUUCCUUUGGGGAGUGAGGGGAGGUGUGUGUGUGUGUGUGUGUGUGUGUGUGUGUGUGUGUGUGUGUGUGUGUGUGUGUGUGUGUGUGUGUGUGUGUGUGUGUGUGUGUGUGUGUGUGUGUGUGUGUGUGUGUGUGUGUGUGUGUGUGUGUGUGUGUGUGUGUGUGUGUGUGUGUGUGUGUGUGUGUGUGUUUGUGUGUGUGUGUGUGUAAUGGCGCUGCAGUGACUUAUGGGCUGGGCCCAGCAGUCGAUGCAUUUGUUUAUAUUGACUGAGCCUUAGGACCUUCAGUUGAUAUUUGAAGAGAGAGAGAGAGAGAUUGAAUCUACCCUGUGUUAAUCUAGUCUGUCCCUCGGGGUUAAAACAAAGGCUGAUAGUAUAGCUGAAAUGCCACAAAACUAACACAUGAAAUGCAUUGGUAAAUGCUCAUUCCAAUGUACUGCCUUCAAACGCUUCAUGGUCGUUUGUAGAUAAAUUACUAAACAGAAAUGAGCUAAUUCUCCAAGUUAGCCUCAAAUGAGAACAAGCAUUAUUUGAUGUCACUUUUCACUCACAGUAUUACUUGCAAUGCUGCUUUUACAACCUGUUUCCAUAAUCUAUAAACAUGUUCUGCAAUAUGAAGCAUUUGAAGGCAGUACAUUGGAAUGAGCAUUUACCAAUGCAUUUCAUGUGUUAGCUUUGUGGUAUAUCAGCUAUACUACCAGCCUUUGUUUUUAACCCUGAGGGACAAACUAGAUUAACACAGCUCUGUCUCUGAACAUAAUGUUUCUUAUGAGUGAUCCCUGUGGUCAGUCAUUGAACGUCAUACUGCAGUGAUCAACUGUAGUCCUCGGUGGCAUUGUUCAGGCACUAAGCUCUUCACUCUUCCCAUACCACCCAGUGUAAUGUUCAGUGACUGACCACUGCCUCCUCUCCUUCUCCUCCCCAGAUCUGCUGCCUGCUGACCUGGAGCCAGUGGUGAAUUGUGAGGCUGUGAAGCUGGGCGAGAGCCCCGGAAGCAGCAGCUCUGUGCUGCUGACCCCUAUAUCUGAGGUAUCCUCCAUGGAGCUGGCCACCCUGUCCCCCGGGCCCCAGGGAGAGGUGUCCCACUCCUCCCAGGCCUCAGAGAGCGGAGCCUCAGACACCAGUGGCCCCGAACAGGGCCCAGAGGCCCCUGGAACAGCCCUGGAGUCAGGCAGCCAGCCGGACACCUCCAGCACAGAGGGGGGUGAGGACGACAAGGACCCCAAGAGGAUCAAGCCACACCUCCACUGUCCCGUGUGCAAGGUCACGGUCAACUCUACAUCCCAGCUGGAGGCACACAACAGUGGUACGAACACGACAGUCACUGGCGUAGCACACCCCGCAGCCCCCUCAGAUAGCAUAUGAACACGUCAUAAGCCAUGAUUUAUUUCUAUUUAUUACAGGCUAUUAGCUAACAGCAACAACAACAAAAACUCAGCCUCAUGACAAAAUGUGUAGAAUAGCAGGAAAUUAGCUCUAAAACAGCAACAUUUUCUCUCAGCCUCAUGGACAAAUGUGUAAAAUAGCAUUAGAUUAGCUGUAAAACUGCAAUUUUCUCUUUCUGCCCCAAUGGCAAAAAUAUACACUACCAGUCAAAAGUUUGGACACACCUACUCAUUCAAGGGUUUUUCUUUAUUUUUAAAAUGUUUUACAUUGUAGAAUAAUAGUGAAGACAUCAAAACUAUGAAAUAACACAUAUGGAAUCAUGUAGUAACCAAAAAAGUGAUUCUUCAAAUAGCCACCCUUUGCCUUGAUGACAGCUUUGCAAACUCUUGGCAUUCUCUCAACCAGCUUCAUGAGGUUGUCACCUGGAAUGCUUUUCCAACAGUCUUGAUGGAGUUCCCACAUAUGCUGAGCACUUGUUGGCUGCUUUUCCUUCACUCUGCCGUCUGACUCAUCCCAAACCAUCUCAGUUGGGUUGAGGUCGGGGGAUUGUGGAGGCCAGGUCAUCUGAUGCAGCACUCCAUCACUCUCCUUCUUGGUAAAAUAGCCCUUACACCGCAUGGAGGUGUGUUGGGUCAUUGUCCUGUUGAAAAACAAAUGAUAGUCCCACUAAGCCCAAACCAGAUGGGAUGGCGUAUCGUUGCAGAAUGCUGUGGUAGCCAUGCUGGUUAAGUGUUGCUUGAAUUCUAAAUAAAUCACAGACAGUGUCACCAGCAAAGCACCCCCACACCAUAACACCUCCUCCUCCUCUCGACCAAAGGACACAUUUCCACCGAUCUAAUGUCCAUUGCUCGUGUUUCUUGGCCCAAGCAGGUCUCUUCUCCUUACUGGUGUCCUUUAGUAGUGGUUUCUUUGCAGCAAUUCAACCAUGAAGGCCUGAUACACGCAGUCUCCUCUGAACAGUUGAUGUUGAGAUGUGUCUGUUACUUGAACUCUGUGAAGCAUUUAUUUGGGCUGCAAUUUCUGAGGCUGGUAACUCUAAUGAACUUAUCCUCUGCAACAGAGGUAACUCUGGGUCUUCCAUUCCUGUGGCCGUCCUCAUGAGAGCCAGUUUCAUCAUAGUGCUUCAUGGUUUUUGCAACUUCACUUGAAGAAACUUUCAAAGUUCUUGAAAUGUUUCGUAUUGACUGACCUUCAUGUCUUAAAGUAAUGAUGGACUGUUGUAUCUCUUUGCUUAUUUGAGCUGUUACCAUAAUAUGGACUUGGUCUUUUACCAAAUAGGGCUAUCUUCUGUAUACCCCCCUACCUUUUCACAACACAACUGAUUGGCUCAAACGCAUUAAGAAGGAAAGAAAUUCCACAAAUUAACUUUUAAGAAGGCACACCUGUUAAUUGAAAUGCAUUCCAGGUGAAUACCUCAUGAAGCUGGUUGAGAGAAUGCCAAUAGUGUGCAAAGCUGUCAUCAAGGCAAAGGGUGGCUAUUUGAAGAAUCUCAAAUGUAAAAUAUAUUUUGAUUUGUUUAACACUUUUUUGGUUACUACAUGAUUCCAUAUGUGUUAUUUCAUCAUUUUGAUGUCUUCACUAUUAUUCUACAAUGUAAAAAGAAAGAAAAACCCUUGAAUGAGUAGGUGUGUCCAAACCUUUGACUGGUACUGUAUACAUACUGUACCUGCUCCAGAGUGAUGUGUAUCUGACAUUCUCUUCCUCCCAAUUCACUCCUCCAGGUACGAAGCACAAGCAGAUGCUGGAGGGUCAGAGCGUCCAGCCGCGGCGCCGGGGGAAGGUGGCGGGGGCUGGGGGGCGCUCGGCCUGCAAGAGCAAGCGCCUGGGUACCAAGGGCAGCGUGGGGGUGCCCAGCAAGAACUUCCACUGCGAGGUGUGUGAGAUCUACGUCAACUCGGAGACCCAGCUCAGCCAGGUGAGGAGGCUGGGGGUCGAGGGGAGGGUGGCAGGGGAGGGCUGGGGGUUGCACAGGGUGAGGAGGGUUUAGCAGUGGGGAGAGAAGUGAAACAGCUGGGGUAUAAUUUUGUAUGUUGACUUCCUGAGUGGAUCUGAGGUGAUUGGACUGGACAAGAUCUGGUUUCAUGUUCUCUCACAGUGAGGCCAUUGUGCCACUAGUCUACUACGUGGGGGUCUGACACUCUGGGUCUCUUUCCACCUCCACUAAACGUGUCCUGACAAAGCAAGAACUGGUUUUUAGAAAAGUUUGCAAAUGUAUUAAAAAUAAAAAACGGACCCUUUACUCAGUACUUUGUUGAAGCACCUUUGAGUCUUCUUGGGUAUGACGCUACAAGCUUGGCACACCUGUAUUUGGGGAGUUUCUCCCAUUCUUCUCUGCAGAUCGCUGCACAGCUAUUUUCAGGUCUCUCCAGAGAUGUUCGAUCGGGUUCAUGUCCGGGCUCUGGCUGGGCCCCUCAAGGACAUUCAGAGACUUGUCCCGAAGCCACUCCUACAUUUCAUCAGACCAGAGAAUCUUGUUUCUCAUGGUCUGAGAGUCCUUUAGGUGCCUUUUGGCAAACUCUAAGCGGGCUGUCAUGUGCCUUACACUGAGGAGUGGCUUCUGUCUGGCCACUCUACCAUAAAGGUCUGAUUGGUGGCGUGCUGCAGAGAUGGUUGUCCUUCGGGAAGGUUCACCCAUCUACACAGAGGAACUCUGGAGCUCUGUCAGAGCUCCCUCACCAAGGCCCUUCGCCCCCGAUUGCUCAGUUUGGCCAGGCGGUCAGGUCUAGGAAGAGUCUUGGUGGUUCCAAACUUCUUCCAUUUAAGAAUGAUGGAGGCCACUGUGUUCUUGGGGACCUUCAAUGCUGCAGUAAUCUUUUGGUACCCUUCCCCAGAUUUAUACCUCGACACAAUCCUGUCUCGGAGCUCUACGGACAAUUCCUUUGACCUCAUCGCUUGGUUUUUGCUCUGACAUGCACCUUAUAUAGACAGGUGUGUGCCUUUCCAAAUCAUGUCCAAUCAAUUGAAUUUAUCACAGGUGGACUCCAAUCAAGUUAUAGAAACAUCUCAAGGAUGAUCAAUGGAAACAGGAUGCACCUGAGCUCAAUUUCGAGUCUCAUAGCAAAGGGUCUGAAUACUUAUGUAAAUAAGGUAUUUCCGUUUUUUUUGUUUUUUUAUUAGCAAACAUCUCUAAAAACCUGUUUUCGCUUUGUCAUUAUGGGAUAUUGUGUGUAGAUUGAUGAGGGGGAAAAAAUGAUUUAAUCCAUUUUAGAAUAAAGCUGUAACGUAACAAAAAGGGAAGGGGUCUGAAUACUUUCCGAAUGCACUGUACCUAUGACGUCACUACCUCAGCACUCCCACUUUUAAUGGUAGCAUAACGAACUUACUAAAUUCUCUUUGCACAUGUUACAGUAGAAGAUACAUUUGACUAUUUCUGAGGUGAUGAUUGCAGUGGAAAUGUGUGUUUGAAUUCACCUGGCACAGUGGCAGCGACUGCAUUUAUUUACAGUCAGUCUAAAUAAAGCCAUUCUGAAUAAAGCGUCUUAUGAGCAUUUUAUAUUUUUAUACUGUGAUUGUUUUCCCACACUAAGCAGAUGUAUAUCAGAUGGUAUGGUGAUUCACUCAGAACUGUCUAUUUGAGCCUGUAAGAGUAUCUUAAUGCACGAUAUUGACGUGUUUAUGGUGUGGUGAUCUAGGCUUAUGGUUUUAUUAAACCUCUUUUCCAUUCUGUUUCGGGUAAUUGCUUCCCUGGUGAUGUUCAUUAAAUUGUACAUCUAAUCGUGUGAUGGGAUGGUUUUGCAGCUCUCUCAGACUAGCUGGUCAUGGAAAAGAUACAGUAUAUAUGGGCAUGUGUCGCAACCUUGCCUACAACAAGCCUUAGUAGUGUAUUCCAAUGACACUGUUAAAACCUCACCCAAUCCUCUGAUGAACUAGGAUUAACCAGUUAAUAGUAGAACAGAGGAGAGAGAAAUAGAAAUGUGCAUACUGUAGAUAGAGGGAAGUAGUGGUCUUCUUUGUGGUUUUGAGUCCUAAAUAUUUUUUCAGAUAGUCAGCCAUAUUGUACACUGAGUGUACAAAACAUUAAGAACCUGCUCUUUCCAUGACAUAGACUGACCAGGUGAAAGCUAUGAUCCCUUAUUGAUGUAACUUGUUAAAUCCACUUCAAUCAGUGUAGAUGAAGGGGAGGAGACAGGUUAAAGAAGACAAUUGAGACAUGGAUUGUCUAUGUGUGCCAUUCAGAGGGUGAAUGGGCAAGACAAAAGAUUGAAGUGCCUUUGAACGGGGUAUGGUAGUAGGUGCCAGGCGCACCAGUUUGAGUGUGUCAAGAACUUCAAUACUGCUAGGUUUUUCCCACUCAACAGUUUCCUGUGUGUAUCAACAAUGGUCCACCACCCAAAGGACAUCCAGCCAACUUGACAUAACUGUGGGAAGCAUUGGAGUCAACAUGGGCCAGCAUCCCUGUGGAACGCUUUCGACACCUUGUAGAGUCCAUGCCUCGACAAAUUGAGGCUAUUCUGAGGGCAAAAGGGGGUGCAACUCAAUAUUAGGAAGGUGUUCCUAAAGUUUUGUACACUCAGUGUAGAUCAGGCAUGGUCUACUAGAGAAAUCCAACAUUAUAAACUAGAUUAGCAGGCUAAUGUUUCUCCUCUGGUCUCCUCAGCACAUGAACAGCAGGAGGCACAAGGACCGUCUGGCAGGAAAGCCCCCCAAACCCAAGUUCAGCCCCCACAACAAAAGCCAGCCCACCUCCAGCUUAUCGGUGAGACACGGCACACACACAGAUCCACACACACACCAUUGCAUGAAUUUUCAUGUAGACACACACGCGCAGUCGCACGCAUGGUUUGAGGUUAAUUCAAGGUUAAGACCCAUGAAUUUGGAAAAUCCUCUUAGAAAAUAAUGGCCAAUAAUGUUCAAUCUCUGAAUUAAAUUGAUAUUUAUCUCCUGAAUUGACUGAACUUUAAUGGAAUUGUCCCCAACCCUGACACACACACACACUUCAUUGGGCUCCCGAGUGGCGCAGCGGUCUAAGCGGUCUUGAGGCGUCACUACAGACCCCCUGGUUCGAUUCCAGGCGGUAUCACAACCGGCCGUGAUAGGGUGGCGCACAAUUGGCCCAGCGUUGUCCGGGUUUGGCCGGUGUAGGUCGUCAUUGUAAAUAAUAAUUUAUUCUUAACUGACUUGCCUGGUUAAAUAAAAAUUGCUCCUCCCUAGGGGGUUGUCUCUCCAGUGAAGCAGCAUGCCUGUGUGCCUGUGCUGUCAGAGAGGUUAAGGACACUGCUGUGUGGUAUUGAAUGGGUCCCCUGCUCCUGAGACAUCCAAGGCUGAAAAAACCCCCAGCAAUACCCCAAGCACUACCCCUACUGACACAGCCUGAAUCAGCACUCCGUAUUAAUCACUUUUGUGCUCCUGUCAUGUGCGCACCUCCCCUCCACCUCUCCUUCUCCCCAUCUCCUCUGCUCCACCCCAUCUCCACCUCCACCUCCCCACUUCUCCCUCCUCUGCAUCUCCAUCUCCUCCACCUCCCCCUCUUCCCGUCCUCCCCCUCCCACCUGCAGAAUGUGAGAUAUGCUGGGUAUGCAGGCGGGGCCGUGUCUGCCAUGAAGAAAAUGUUCAGCCAGUACAACCUCACCUCUCUCUCUACUCAGGUGAGUGGCAGGGCCCAGGGCAGGCAGGGACAAGAGAAGUCAGGGUUAACCACUGGAACUGGCUAGGUGCAGGGGAUUGAACAGCACCUUUGUAAAGGGUUUGGAGUUGAAGCAUGUCUGUGUGUCUGUGGUUCAGUCUUUUGUUCUUUUGUCUUGACUGUGUGAGAGUGUUCAUAAGGCAAAUCCCUAGAGGGACGGGUAGUUGUGGUGAGAGAAAGGAUAUUAGUAUGGAGAAAUGUACAAGCAUGUUUAGCCAAGGUAACGAUGUGUGCAAAAGAGCAAUGUUCCCUGGGAAACGUGUUUGCUGAGCAAAUGUGUGCGCUACUUUAAGUAAAUGUGAGCGCCUCAAGAAAUGACAUGCUCUCUCGGUCUCUGCUCUCCUCUCUCAUUUCCUCCCCUCCUUUCUUCCUUCCCUCUCUUGCUCUCUCCUCCUCUCCUUCAGGCCAAACUGGCCUUCCAGAAGCAGCUGACCAAGAGCCUGACCACUGGCUUCCUGCCCAGCCCCCUCACCCAGCCCACUCUGUGCACCAUGGCAACCAAUCCUCUGGCUCUGCGCCACCCGGCGGGCACCACCUUCUUUCAGACGCCCUUCCUGAGCCCCACCCUGUUCCGGCCCGCCCCAGGGCCCCUGAGGGCCACGCACCCCUCCAUCAUCUUCUCCCCUUAUUAAUGACACAGUACAG